AUGGUGGUCAAGGGUGCACAGAUGAACGGCGGCGCUGUACCGAGCUCGGCGGUGACAGCGGCGGAAGACGCGCUGUCCGAGGCGUACGCCAAGAUGACGGCUGACAUCUUGGCCGAACGGUCGCUCGGCGACUUCCUGUCGGAACACCCCGGCGAGUUGGUGCGCACCGGCAGCCCGUUCCUAGUGUGCACCAUACUGCCCACCCAUUGGCGGUCUAACAAGACGCUGCCGGUGGCCUUCAAGGUGGUCGCCCUGGGCGAGGUACCGGACGGCACGGCCGUCACUAUACGGGCCGGUAACGAUGAGAACUUUUGCGCUGAACUCCGCAACUGCACCGCCCUGAUGAAGAACCAGGUGGCGAAAUUUAACGAUUUGCGUUUCGUGGGCAGGAGCGGCAGAGGUCAGUACCCAUAACCGUUAUAUCGUCCUUAUCAUGUUACAGUGACUAAACUAAUUGAUAUUUCGAUUUUAACCAGGAAUUAUGUGCCAAGUAUUUCCUAAAAUCAUCACUUGGACAUUUUUUUUCAUGCAAAUAUAGGGAUCAAAUAUUAAGGCAUUUAAACAUGUAUUUCUUAUACCGGGACAUUUUUUACACUUUGAAAUUUGUAUACGUUGUACAGUAUACGCCACAGUUGUUUACUAAUACCUCGGUAUAGUCUACACCUGGUCGCCAACCAGACUAUAUUAUAUUUUAUAAAUUAAAAGUUUUAAUUUUUACAAAACAUAAAAUUUACGUGCCUCGCGAUUUUGAGGUUUUGAAAUGUUAUUACGAACGUGUAUUGUGCGUAUCCAAAAACGUUUUUUAGUUCCAGAAAUCCGUCUCUCGUUCACGAAAAGCGAUAGCUCUGUAGUUUAAUAAACGUCUACAAUAAUUAAGCGGAUUAUCUAUAUUGUUACACUUAUAGGAGAAAUAAGAAUGUCAUGUUUUUGUAGAUUUUAAACAUUUUUUAUUAUAUACAUUAUAAUUGGUAUACACGCAAAAUGCAUUAUGCAUAUUUAAUACGGUGUACAUUAUAGUAUGUCACAGUGGUUAUGUUUUAAGUUUAAACUUGAUCGAAAUCUCAAAAUAGACAAUUUUCGUUUAUUGGGUGAAUGGUUUACAUGCAUUAAUCUGUAGUAUUCAAAUAAUUUCACCUGUGUUUUUCACUAAUUCCCGUGAGUAUUGCUGUAUUUUUCAAAACAAUUCAAUAUUCAAUAUUCAAUAUUCAAUCGGAUUAUGAAUUGUUCAUAAUCCGAUCACUCGAGUAAGAAAUUUAACUUUUUCGUUUUAAUAUUUGCGUAAUAUCAUUAAAAAUUGCAUUUUUUCGUUGUUUUAACAUCAAACUAUAACCAGAGGUAUAAUUUAUGCAAUAUUUAUUUGUAAUUGUGCCGAAAAUAUGGCCUUUGUCGUUCGCCGUCACACCAAAGGUUACAAUGUUUUAUAAUGUCACAUUACGCUUUAAAGUAUCAUCAAAACGCAAUAAUAUUAUCGUCAUUAUUGCAUACGAAAUACAUAAUUGUUUCCUAUUAGUUGUAUUAAAAACAGAGAUACGGAAAACUUAACGGCGACUUAAAAAAUAAAACUAGUAAUUUCAUGAAAAAGACGUAUUAUAUUUUAUAUUUACAUCGAUUUAUUAUUAUGAUAAAAUUACCCAUAUUUAAUAUGUUAACGAGCAAUAUAAUUUUUUUAUAUUUUUUUUUAUAAAAAAUCAGCCGUGAAAAGUAAUAAUAAAAUUAUACACACUUGAAAAAUUGUAUUAUAUAAGUGAUUUAAAUACGAAAAUACUUACAGUCAUAUUUGAUUAUCCAGAGAAACUGAUGACUUUUAAACAAAAAACAAAGAGAAUAUUUUUAAUAGUAAUUUUUUCUUUAGAGGAAAACAUUUUAAAAAGGGGAAGUAAUUCGCUACUUAUAAGUUGGUAUUUAAGUGGUUUUUAACCGACCCCAACGUAGGGGGAGAAAAGUUGGUUUUUUGGUUUAAUAUUAUUUUAAUAUUAAAUAAGUAUAACAACGAUAAUAAUCAUUGUAUUCGGAAACUAAUUUUGAGUGGAGUUAAACAUUGUCAUAGUAUAAGUGUGACGUAUUUCUGUUUUUGUUUAUUUGUCUUUUAAUUUGAAAUUAAAAAUUGAUCAUAUAUUUAAAAAUAGUUUGACUUCUACGAUUUCCUAUAUACUUUCGUAUACGCUUACGAAACUAUAGUUGUAAAUAAAUUUGAUCAGAAAUAUUUAUAUUAUAAUAUAGGUAUAUUUACUGUAUCGUGCAAUUUUAAUUAUUGAACAAAACUCAGGGGGGAGGGCAUUGAGGAUUAGUCCUCAAGAUAAUUAUCUCCCCUGAAAUAACACUACCUAUAAUAUAUGAGUAUUUAUUUAGGCAUUUUAUCCUAAAAUUACAUAAUUCAGUCGUUACAAUAAAAAAAAAAGUAUCAUCGAUAAUGGACGACAGAAGAACGGACGAAUUAUUAAAUAUUACAGUAGGUGAUAAACACACAAUUGGUUUGCAUUGAAUGAAUUAGGUGUACACUGUAAACCUAAUAUUAAAACUAACAACGUAAAAUUGACCCGUUAAAUGCAAAUGUAUUCCGUGGGUUCGGAAUACGAAGACGAGGCAAACAGUAUGAGCGAGUACAAUUCAUGUUAUUGUAUUCGUUUAAUAUUUAUAAAAAUAAAAAACUUACCACUGUGGCAACUUCCUAAAACUUCCAAUGAAUAACGAAGAAUUAGCAUUUAUAUAUUAUUAUAGGUUAUAAUGAAUAAAUGAACAAUUAUUGAAAAAUUAAUGAUUUUCGAAAAUCAUUUAAACUUGGAAAUUAAAUUAGUGAUUACAAUUUUAUAAACUUGUACAAUGAAAAAAAUCCAUAAUAAACCGAUCGGAUUAAACAAGUUUUUCAUGUUAGGUACCCGUGACGACACAAUUAUAACAAAAAUUAAAUACAAAAUCGAAAACAAGGAAAUCAUCGCCUUUCUUAUUUUGCCUACUUGUGUCUGGGUUAUUAAAUAUAACAACUAGUAUUUGUUUAGUAUUUUCAACUUAAAUUAUGUAUUUCAGCCAAAUUACAAGGAAAAAGCUUAGAUAAAAAUAGGCUCUUUUGGAUCCGACUUUAAAAUUUAAUUUGUUGAGUUAGGUACAACAAAAUAAGAUUCUAUACGAUUUGUUCACGAAUCAUGAUUUUUAUUUAACUCCUACCAUCGAAAAUUACCAGACACGUUACCUGGACGAGCAAAAUCAAAUUCCGUUCGGUGUUGUAGAUUAGGUUUUUCGCAGAAUCGGUUGAAAAUUCCUUUGUCCAUAUAUAAACAACAUCCCGCAUUAUGGCCAGCUAAAAACGGAUAAACGACAAUAAAAAUGAAAAAAAAAAAACUAUAUUGUUUUCGCGAUAAACGCUAUUGCAGUUUAUUGUGAUUUUAUUACACCUGAACAAUAAUAUAAUUACUAUUGCACCGUGCAAACGGUUUAUAUUAUAAUGAUAUGCGUGGAAAACAGUGUCAUCGGUCGUUUUUUAUGAGUCUGAAUAGUGCAAAAAAAUACAAAAAACCCCGUGAUAUAUGCGUGUAACAAAAAGGACCGCAAUUAUAUUAUUACAGCGGGCAUUUAUCGUUAAACACGUUUUGACGAGUGUCGCCUGUCGGUCGGUGUGACGGGGACGUCGACACGAUUUUCCGCUCAAUUAAUAUAAUGUACGCUCCCGGGUCAGUUGUGUUGUCUCGUAUAUAAACGUCGCGUUUUUCCUGCGUAAUUUAUCAUUCCCCUCGUUUUUCGUUUUUUAAAAUUUAUUUAUGAUUUUUUUUUUUCAUUUGACAAAUUAACUUGAUCACCCCCUCGGGCGAACGCAGUAUAUUAUGUGAAUCGCGUUCCACGAAAUACCCGUGUAAACCACAUACUUUUUGCACUUGUCUACUAACCUAACUACUGCCUAAUAUUUAUUUGAGGGGAAAGAGUACGUUUUUACGGAAAUAUAUAACGUUUAGUAAUAAUAAGUUAAAGUCUUAUACAGCCCAAUUUUAAUUUUUAAAAAACACAUUUGAAUUGUUUGGUAUCUCGUCUAUAUUUUCGGUUAGUUUAAUCUAGUUGUAAUAGCGAAAUAUGAUGAGUUUACUUUUUUUUAUUAAUAUAACUCGUACUUAAAAAUGUGUCAUAAAAAAAAAAAAAACAAACAUUUAACAUAUAUUUCCUACAGGAAAUAGAAAAGAAAUGUACAAAGUCAAAUCAUGUUUCAAAACAGAAAUUGGAUUACUGAAAGUUUAUUUUAUUCCAGGUUAUUGAUCUAAAUAUAUAAAAAAACUUUUCGCUUUCAACCGUUUUAGAUUAAAUCAUUGUAAUUCUUAUUGGAUUAUCUUACAUAACCUAACGACGAGUCUUCAUGCACAAAAUUUCUCAUGCACCGCCGCCACUGGACUCUAAUGCAUAAAGAAUUUAUAGUAAAAUAGCAUUGUUUGGAGGAGAUGGAUUUUAUUAUCAGUAUUCUGCAUGUUGUUUUUAGCAUUGUGGUAGCGGUAUCAAUAAUGAAGCUGUUAAAAAAUAAAUGCUCUCCAGAUGAGAAACUUUUAAAAAGAGGUAUUUCGUUUAUAAAAGACUGUCAUACAUUUAUUUUAUUUCCAAAUUUAUUGUUUUAUUUAUUUAUUUAAAUAAACGCCAAAGUUGUCUUGCGUACAGAAUAAUAUACAUUUUCAUACAUUACUGGCACAUUACCAUUCUUAAAAACUAACAGACUCCGAAAAAUAAUCACGCAACAUGAUAACAUAGUGAUGUGUGUCAACAGUCACUGUUCGUCCGUUUUGCAUUUUUAAAUGUAAUGCAGGUUUAAAAUACGUCAAACCAAACAGUUACUUUCUCACAGUGCAGAGGUUUCUGGUGCAGUUGUAGAUUUGCGGAUACCCAUAGUACUGAAAAUUCUGUUUGUUUAUCAUCCCCGAUAAAUAAAUGUGGGCCUCGUCACUCGUGAUAAAAACGACAUCGUCCGCCUGCAAUACCAACACCGCUUUUACGGUAUUGUAUGUAUACCGUAUUGCAGUUCAUUGUAAAUAAAUAUACAAAACGCUACUGACCAAUGCUUCAUUUCUAUUGAAAAGGCAUGUGUCGACGAAUAUUUAUCAUUCAUUCCGAAAACAGUGUGUCCAUUCAAGCGCGCGUAACAGUCUUUUCAAAAACAUCAUAGCUCGUUACCGGACAUUGUAUAUGCUUUAUAGUAUAAUGGCAAAUGUUAAUUCAAAUCCGUCACACCAUCUUUAACUGUCUAUUAAAUACUGUGAGUAUUAAUAAAAUCUUCAUAGGUCAUGUAAUCGGAGAUUUUUGAACAACACUUGCACCGAUGCUAUCACAGAUGAAUAAUUUAGGAAUAGAUCAUACGAAUUAAGUGUCAAUAAUAAAGUUUCGAAUUAAUACUAAUGUUGAGACGGCCAUAAAUGAUGACGUCAAAGAAUAUUAGUAUGUUGCGUUUAAGAAAUAAAUGAUUGAAAACACAAGUUUGAAGUGUACUGCUCCAUCGUUAUACAUAUAUUAAAGUGAAACGUGGACAAUAGCAAUGCAUAGCAAAAGAGAUUAGAAGCGUUAUAAAUGUGGUGUUGCGGGAGUAUGUAAAAAGUACGCUGAACCGAAAGAAUAUACAUAAAGCAAAUAAUGAAAGAUCAAGGAUGCAAUUUGUCGUUUACAAUCGAAUAGUAAAUUGGUCAACAGAAACGAAUAGAAAAAAAGCUGCAAGCCAAUCUGAGAAUUCAAAAUAAAAAAAAGAAAAAGAACAUUAUGAUCAUUAAUUUGUAUUGUAUUAUGAUAUUAUAAUGGCUAUUCCACCAUUCCAGUGUUAAACCUGCUGUUAUAAUGAAAUCCCCUUCAAAUGCUAUUAACGAGCGCGACACAAAAUCUGUAUCUAUGUAUACGCGCUACACACAGCGGAGGUAGUAAAUGCGUAUAUUUAAUUAUAUUAAUAAUCGUUAUAUCUAUGUUGGUGUACUUUUGAAAACGGCGUCAAAAUGACUAUACACAUAUAUCACUGGAAUGCUGGGGAAAAAAAAACCCAGUACAGAUAAAUUCGUCAAAAAAUAACUGUUCGAAAACGCAAAUAAUGUUUGGUAUGUUUGGAUCUUUUCCUGCAUUGUUGCUUUUUCCUGCCGUUUGUUUAUUAAAUAUUUAAUAAUAUUAACGCACGUUUUAAACGAUUUAUAUUUUUUAAUGUAUGCGAGUAUGACUGAAAAUAAAUCGUAUUUUUAGUAUUAUUUUUUAUUCUAUCAACAAUGAGAUUACAUACAAUAGACAUCAAGUGAAUUUUUGUUUUAUUCGUUUUCAGGCAAGAGUUUUACACUGACUAUAACCGUGAGCUGUUCACCCCCACAAGUAACCACUUACAAUAAAGCCAUCAAAGUGACCGUAGACGGACCCAGAGAACCUCGUUCAAAAACGCGUGAGUACUGUCAAAUUUCAAUUGUGUGCCACUGUUUUAGAGAGAAAGUUGAAAGGAUAACAAAAAGUAAUUUAAUUUAUAUCUGUUAACAACAAUAAACCGUUGCCAACGAAAAACGAUUCUGAAGAGUUAAAAUAAUAAUCACUUUAAUGCACCAACUAGAUAAAAAAUUAUACAAAAAAGUUCCUAUAAAGUUUUCGACUAAAGGAAGAGUUUUAGUAGAAAAGAUUUUAUAGACGAGCAAAAAAAAAAAAAACCAAAAAUACAUAAAACUAAUAUAUUCCAUUCGCUUUGCUCAGAAUUAAAAAUAAAAUUUUAAUCAAAAUUAAAAUCGAAAAACAUUUAAUGAACAUUAUGGGUAUUUUGUUUUGAAUUUUCUCUGAAGUUAUUAUAGCGUACAUAUUAUUUUGCAAUUAAAUAGUAAAUAUUUCAGUUUGCGCUAUAUAUAAUAAUAUUGCGUUGUCGGCGCUAUCGCUAUAGUUGCAUAUGGGUAGUCCGAGACUACCUUAUAAAACCGUAAUACAAACACAUUUUUUUUUUUUUUUAUUUUCCCAAAUGUUUGAUUCCACAUAAUAAUACAUUUUAUUAUUAUUAUUGUUAUAUGGCGUCAACUCGUUUAAUAAUUUAUGACCGUCGUCUUCUCGGCACGUCUUUGUGGACACGAAAACAAAUGCGACCGGAAUGUGCGUUUAAAACCGUUUUUGAGGUUAAACUUGUGUUUUUUACGAGGGUUCCCGUCGUUUUUACGACCGAUCCCUUUUGGCCGGCCUGCGUCCCGCCAAAAAGAUGAAAGGCAUUUUCGACAGAAUUGUUUAUGCGCGCGGCGGUCUCUUUAAACGAUACGACACUGCUGCAGCGCCGCCGACCGGUGUUCAAAAAGAACGAACUGACAAUAUAAAAUCCGGUUUUCGUAUAUCAGACGAUAAUAAUAUAAUAUUAUAGAUGUAUAAAGUGUCGGCGAGUGCGGCAUCCUUUCUGUUGCCAUCGGGUAAACACUUUGUGUACACUACUUAAUAUACCUAUGUAUAUACACUAUUUAAAAGCUGGGCGUCCGGCCAGCCACGAGAGGAUAUACGUUACAGUAGACAAUAUAUAUAUAUAUAAGUAUAAUACCCAAACGAUCCGAACAAAUCUCGGGAUAGUCCCUGUGAACUUUGGACGCGUUCGCCGCUGUAGCGUUUAAUGACUUUGAAAACCGAUCGCCUUGACGAUUCGCCAUCAUUUAUUAUCCGGGCGCGAAGGGAGGAAGAAAUAUAAUCGAUGUAAGGGGCGGGUAAUGUCACGUAUAGCCGGACUGCGGCGUGGAGAGGGAUAGCGUGUGCGUAUGUAUGUGUGUAAUAAUAUAUAGAGGACAGUGACGUUGUACAUCGGCUAUAGUGUGGGAUAACCGCACACGUGCCCGUGCAGCUGUCGGAACCCAUUAAUUGCCGUUUCCACUUCAGACGUUCCUCACCGCGUGAGUAUAUUAUAGUAAUAAAGGCCGGCCGUGCAAAACCCGUAUCGACUUUAGAAGUCGAGUCGAAAAAUUCGGAAAACAAAAGUUUUGCGAAACAUCAGCGUUUUUAUAAAUGAUAAUAUACAGGGUGUAACAGGACUAUUUGACAUUUUUACAUUAUAGUUACAUGUAAAUAUGUCAAAUCCAGUCCGAUUGCACUCUGUAUACUCUACGCACUUUGCCGUGACGUUCGAUUUUAAAACCCAGUGAUAUCUUUAUACCAUCGUAAUACACGAGGUGAUUUUUUUUUUCUCAUCACGAUCCAGUGAUUUUCUCGCCGAUAAUUUCAAGUGUAUUCGAUUUCUGUUUUUCAUUUAGAUUGUCAUACGGAACACCGAUUAAAUGAAUAAUGAAUUUCGAUUUCCAAACGGUAAGGAGCAGGGAAAGGUAAUUUUAGUAUUUAAUUGCCAUAAGAAAUGGGAUUGAUUCGCAUAAAACGAUCAACAUAUUAUUAAGAUAAUAUAAAAUGAAGAUAUAAUAUAUUUAACCAUUGUCAAUUCGGUACACGAACUACAACUGUAUGUUAUAUUAGAGUCUAAGAAAAAAAAAAAAACAAAAAUAAUACAAAAAACACAUUUGCUUUCAAUUAAUACUUUUAAAAGUGUUAAUAGAUAUCUAUAUAAUAAUAGAUUAAAAUCUAUUUAAUAAUAUAGACAACUAAAAUUAUCAAUAUUAUGUACCUACCUCUUAGUAUUUUCCGACUUAUAUAUUACUAUUAUUACUUAUCUAAAAGGUGCUAUACAUUAUAAUCACUGAAUGGAACCAUAAUCAAUUUUACUUAAACUAUCACUGUUUGGAUAAUCUCUGGGUCAUGCAAAUUAUAAUGUAACCCUGUAUAUUUUAGUUCGAAAUUAACAUUACUCUGCAGCACUCAAAUAUAUAUUGUACAAUAUACAUAUAUUUUUUAUGCUCUAUUAUUAUGCUUUUAGUGCCUACUUAAAAAAUACGGAAUAAUAUUGCGGUUAAAGAGAUGAGUAUUGAUAAGGGUAUCAUAUUGCGGCAUUUAGUCGUAAACCGCAGUCAUUGACUCGUCCAUUGAUCUAAAUCCUCGCUGGUGGUUGACCGUCACGUUUGUAUUAUCUAUCGUAGUCACGUCUUCUUGGGUAUUAUUACAGACGAUUUUCCUAUUUCUAUACUAUUGCACGGAUAAUCAUGUUUACUGUAUAGUGUACGCAUAUUAUAUAUUAUAUUAUAAAACGCACUGUGGAAUAUUUCAAAUGAAUUACUCGGUUUUACUACGUAAGGAUUAAAAUAUUAGUUUUGAAAAAAAAAAAAACCUAUUCAGACGAUAUUGUAUAUUACUAUAUAGCAAUAUAUAGUACGUCUUUUCAUUAUAAAAUCUACAACUAUAAACUUAAUUCAAUUUUUAUUAAUCGUAAUCACUAAUUAGUAAAACAGUUUUAUAAAUCUUACAACAUAAUUCGAUAUCAACUUUUUCGUCAUCUAUUUUGAUUUUAAAUAUCAUCAUUACGCAUUUUUCGGCCCCGGUUUAGAUCAAUAAUACCAGUAUCAGUAUUUUUCAGUUUAAUACCGUCAUUCAAUGUCGGUUUUAUGCUCUCAAAAUUAUAAUAUUAUACAUUUUUCGUAAUUUAUUCACUAAUAUAAUUUAUUUGUAUCUUAAAAUAAUGGCAACAUAAUUAUUGCGAUGCUCCGAUCAUAAUUUCAAAAAAAAGGUUUUAGCAGAAAAUAUUGCCUAGUUGGGGUACGUAUGUACAGUAUGAGUUCAUUUUUUGAAAUUUCUUGUAAUUUUUUUUCAUAACGAGAAAACACCGGGAAAAAACGAGAACAUUUAAAACAAUAAAGAUUAUUGUUAUUUUGUUGUUAUUUGUAGUUAUAUACGUAUGCAUUUCAAUAGCAAUAAUUAAAUUUGUCGGUUUCUUGUUACAUUGAAAUUCGUUCCCUAAUCAUAAUAUAAAAUUAUCGUUUAUAUUACUUGUGCGCUCCUUUGUGAGUAUUUUAUUUUUCCGACAAUUAUCGCGUUUGAAACAAUUUAUGAAUAACAACGCGAGUAUAGUAGUAGUGAUUAUAAUCUUUGUUCUUUGUCCUUAAAGUAAUGUGAUUUCGUGUACACGCGAGUGAGUCGGAGUCAAGCGAAAUAAUAAUAAUUGUUUGUUCGGAAACAUUACGCGUAAAAUAAUAUACAAAAUUAAUAUAUCUCCAGUAGAACGUCGGAUCCUAAUAAAACGUCUAUUGAUAAAAAUACAAAAAAAGGCUGAUACGAUUGAUGGGUGUUCCGCUGUUUUAUGAGGGAAAUCGGAAUAGAGAAUACAUAGAGUAUAUUAAUUUAUAUUUGUAGACAACGAUAAACCAUUACCAAUUGAAAACAAUGCUGUGCAGUGUGUUAUAAUCGUAUUUUAUCCAAAUUUCCGAGAUAAACUUGAAAUCAAACAAAAUCAUACUAAAAAUUCCUGUUUUUUCCAUUUAUUAAGUUAUUUUAAGGAAAUUAAAAAAUGACCUCUCCAAGUUACAAACUAGUUCAAAAAUUGUACACGAAUGUAAUUUCUGUUUCAAAAAAAGAUGAUACUAUUUAUGGGUACGUCACUGUUGUAGUUGGUAAAUCAAGAAGGUAUGUAACAGAAAUUUAUUUUAUUUGUACCUGUACUCAACGAUAAUCGUUACUAACGAAUAAUGAUUCUGAGCGGAAGUGGAAUUCGGUUAAACAUGUUUUUACGCUUUUCGUCAAAAUUUAAAAUUUAAAAUUUAUAAAAAAAAACAUUAAACUCAAUUUUUUAUGUUGGCUACUAAAUACAAUUUAUAAUAAACAUCCUGUUAAAUUUUUAAGCAUUUAUGUUUGGUCUAACAAUUUUAUCCACGGAGAAUCUACCGAAAAAUUUUACGUAAACAAUGGCAAAGUUAAAAUGUCUAUAAAUAGCUCAGAAAUGGCUCAAAUGUUUUGAUAAUUUUAUCACGUUUAUAAAAAGUAAAUAUAAGGUUUUUGUUCAAAUUUAAAGUCUCUUUAAAAAUGUUUAACUAAAUUACAACAAAAAAAUAAACUUGAAAAUAAUAAAAGCAUUAUUUCAUAAAUUUCCUUAGAAUCUAAUAAUGAUAUCAAAAGAAGAUGUAGAUUGAUUUUAUUUUUGUAAAUUUCUUACUUUCUGGAUUAUCUUGGCUACAAUUAAUGACUUAAUAAGAAAACCACGAUUAAUACUAUAACUUUACCAGUUUACCGAGUUUCGCUCAAAAUCUUUUUUUCAAUUGCAAUGCAUUAUAGAAACUAAUAAUUAACUAUACCUCAUAACUUUCUUACUUUCACCUACAACAGUGGACUAUCUGUAGUACGAAUAAUUAUGUCCCGUCUUUUUAAAUUUGUAUUACUUUCGGUUAAUAAAUACACAGUAAUUUUACAUUAAUCAUUGAAACAGUACCAUAUGUGUUAUUUAUUUAUUUUUUCGGUUAAUACGGUUUUGUAAUUUUUUUUUCGUAUGUAAAAGUCGUCUGAAAAAUAAUACUUAGAGAUGAGAAUUUAUAAGAUAUAUCCUUUAUAUACUACCUCAGGAAAUGUAAAAGGUGCUGCGUUUGAUAAUCGAAGAUCGGAGCAAGAUUUUUGGUAGACUUUUUGUAGACAGUUAAAAAAAAAAAAAAAGUAACAAACAUUGAUUGGCACAAAAUAUAUACUAGUAAAGUUAUUUAUAGACACCAAAAAAAAAAAAAACUCAAUAUAGUAAAAUAGAAUACAUUACUCUCUCCGCUUCAAAAGUACUUAAUAACUUAUGAUUAUUUUUUUUUUUCUUAGGACAACAACAGCAGUUCCAUGCGUUUGCGUUUGGCCAGAGACCGUUCUUAUCGACGCACUUCGCUAAUCCGCUUGACUCUCUACACAGGACUGCGGAUCCGCUGGCUUUCCGCAUGCCCUCGAUGGCGAAUUGUCAAAGUGAGUUCCUAAUAAAAAAAUAUACGUACAAAUAACAUACGAAUCGUCCCAUCAUAUAAGAAUACGAUUCCGUAUUUUCGGAUUUAUUUCAAACUAGUGAACUAAUAACUAAAACAGGUACCUACCCACUACUACAGUAGGGGUGAAUGAUGCGCGCAUAUAUCCGAGGGUCGGUUCCCAGGGGUAUAAGUUUCUUUGAAACGAUAACGAACGAAUACACGUGUAAAAAAAAAAAUAUAUCAUAUUACCGGGUUGGGGGGAUGUACAAUAUAACCAAUUUGUUUUUUGCCGAGUAUCCUGUUAUAAGUUUAAAUUACAGCAGUGACAUCAAACCCGUGUAAUAACAGUAUAUUGUUAUUAUUAAAUAUAUAAUCUGAUAAGUACUAUGGUCGUUUAUAAAAAUCAUUGCUGCUAUUUUCCGAGGUUUUACGAGUUUUAACGAUAGACAACAGGUUGGUGUAUUACUAUUAAGGUUUUAAACAAACUUUGAUUUGAUUUCGCAAAAACAGUACAGUAUAGUAACUCAAAAAUGCAAUUUUCAGUUACAUACGCCUUUCCUAUGGUGAAAAUGCAGCAUUUACAAUAUUAAAUAAGUUAAAUGGAAAAAUAUGAUUUUGAAGGAGAUAAUACGUAGGUUGCUGGAAAAGCAAUUGAAUAAUUUUUCAAAAUAAUACACUAUCGAACUACAAUGAAUUUAAGUGCAGUUAGUGCGUUAGAUCACUACACUAGUAUAUCAACUCAAAAAAAAAUUAAAUUCGUACAUGAAAUAAUCAUAUAUUUUUUUUUUAAAUUAAUAAUUUAAAUAUAAGAUGUUACGAAUAGAUUUUACCGACAGAGUAUAUCGAAAUUUGAAAGAUGACAUAAAAUUUACUUUUGUAUGCGAAAAUUCGCAAAAUCUUUAAACUCGUUCUUCUCGAAACACGAUUGGCUAUAAUGUACUGCACUGUAGCGUUCUGAUUAUGCAAUUUGAAAUCCAAAUACGUGCAUAUUCGACUACGAGUACACGUACAUCAUUUGUUUGCAUGUUAUAUAUUAUAAUGCGUAUAUAUAUUUUUUUUUUUUGCGGUCUUUUCAAACAUCGGUCAUAAUAACAACCCGUGUAACUACCUGUAUAACAAUGUUAUCGUUAUAAUAAUAAUAUGAUUUAUGAUAAAGCGUAGAGAUCCAUGGAUAACCGACGCGGUAUUUACUCACAAUAAUAUACGGGCAAUAUUAUUUUGUUCGCAAUUUUCUUGUACCAACUCGAACAAUGCCCCGGACAAUCGAUAUUUUAUGUACGAACAACGUGUUUCGGUCAUUUAACCCGAAACGACCUAUCACAAUAAAAUAUACUACCCAUAAUAAUAAUAAUGGUAAUACGACAUUACGUACGUAUGUACCUACCUAAUGAUAUUUUUACUGUUGUCGAGCUUGCGUAUACAAAACUGCCCACCAACCGGGUCGACGUGCCAUCGCUGCAGGGCGUAUAUAACCUCGUGUUAUUAUUUCUUCGUCGACAUCGCGGUCGGGUAUAAUAAACACCCGAGACAAUCCAUUCGCGUAACGAUCGUAAUACGCGUGCGGAUUCCGACAUCCUGUAGCAAAUGGAUUCAAUAUUUUAUAUUAAGUACAACGCGCACGAAAUAUUAUCAGCGGUAACGGCCUGCUGAUACUCUAACGAUAUUAUUAUCUCGGCCAUCGAUCCACUCGUCGUCACCACGCGUGCAAUGCCCAUUAAUCUCCACGUAUAAACCUGGGUGGGUACUCUGGCGCGUCCGGUUUCGCAGAUAAUUUAUAUAAUGUACGGCCGGGUGAAUUUUUCAAAAACGCGCGGUUUCCUGACCAAUGACGCGCGUGUGGUCUGUGGUAUAAUACCUUGCAUUAUGGGUGCCUAAAGGCUAAAAUAUGUACUUUUUCGUACCGCAACAGAAUCAUAUCAGUUUUUGAUGAGGGGGGUGGGAGGAAUAUCAACGAAAAUAUAACCACUCGCAAACUAAUCUCAAUUUACAUUUUCCUCUAUGUAUUAUCAUUUAAAAAAUGGAAAAAUAGCACAUUUUUUUUUUUUUUUCAUAGACUGGAUUCUAAAUUAGCAUAGUACCUAAGUACCUUAAAUACGUUAUUUUAGAUUUUCUCCGGGGGACUGAAUUAGUAUAUUUGUUUUUUUUUUUUUUUAUAUAAAUUAACUUAAAACAAUUUUAAAUAUACAUAACAAAUACAAUCUUCUCAUCAUGAAUUUAAUAAAUGUCAAUUACACUUGUGAUCAGUUUUGAUUCUCUAUCUCAUAAUGCAUUACCUGAUACUUAAGGUUUUCAUGAGUUAGUCACUUCAUACUUGUGUAGAUACCUAAUGUUCAUAAAAAAAAAAAUUGUAGUGUGAGUUAAUCAAGUCAACUAAAAUUAGAAAGUAUUUUUACUUUUUAGGAUUGACAUGUCUAAAAAACUAAUAAAUUAAAUUAAAUGUAUUUCGUACCCUAAUAAAUAAUAAUGAAAAACCAUAUUAUUUGAAAAAAAAAUAAUGAUUACAUGCUGGGCGUCUUUCAUUCUUAUUCAUUUUUUCAUUUAAUCAUUCUUCGUUCGUCGCUAGUUUUAACAAUUUUUUUAUUUUAAGUACCCCGAGGGUGUGAAAAAUACGUGUUUUUUAAUGUUUGAGAAGAUUUUUAUUAAUCAAAAAGUGCUGGUUGUCAGGUAAAAAAAAAAAAAAGGCAUACACUUUUAAAUCCAAUAAAGUUACAUCUAUACGUUAUAUAAUCCAAAAACGUUAUUAAUAUUAAAAAUCAAUAUUUCCGCGUUUAUCCGCAGACAUGGGUCAGUUCGCGCCACAUCACUCGUGGGGAUAUUCUCACUCGACGGCAUAUUCUACGUGGCCGGGUGGGGGCGGAUGCACCAACUUCACGCCGCCCGCGCUCACCACGGGGUUCACCGGUACCGCGACCGCUGCAACUUCGGAACUGCACUCCUCCCUGACGACUAGCCACCAUCACGACUUGUUCCCGACUUGUGCGGUCAACGCACAAACGACGGCUGCCGGUAAGAGUUUCGGUUACCAUUUACCACCGAGUAAUUUCAAUCGUACACUCUCGCCUCGAUACGAAAGUGUCGUAAGUAAAAUGUCGCGUGUCGAUAACUUUAGGUUAUACGUAUAUAAUAUUCCAGUCACAUAAAACGUAAAAUCGCAUCGCACCCGAGUAUUAAGAAUGAAAUAGUUUUUAUUAGGAUAUGUCUAUGGUCAAAAUUGUCAACGAUUGUCUACAUCGUAAUUAUUAAUUGUAGUGAUGCCGUCGUUUUCGGAUGCGAGCGGCACGACUCCCAACAGUGCCGGCGAUCUAGAACAACAGCUGUUGUCGUCUUCGAACUGUCACCCUCAACUUGAUCGCACGAUCGGGUUCUCCACUUCCCCCCGGGGUUAUCAACAGCAGCCCGCGGGAAACGGCCAGGUGAUGAACCCGGCGCCACCGGACUUGCAUCCGUCUACGUCUUCGGGUCCCAGGUCCACCGAUUCGUCGGCACCGGACUCGCCCACCGGUCCUGGCGGGUCCGCGGACGACAUGAUGGCGAUCGGUCACGGAUCGCACGGCGGUUACCACGAUCAGGCGGGCGGCGGUUACCACGGCGGCGGUCAUCAUCCGACCAUGAUACCGGCGUCCCUGCAGCUGUACUCGCAGCUGUACCACGCUUCGGCAGCCGGGAACAUGACCAGGCACCAUCAUCACAACCAUCAUCACUAUCACCAGUCCGGUCUCGGCGACGACCACAACAUGGUGAGCGCGGCCCAGAGACCCGCCCAACAAGCUGUGGCCGCGGCCGACCAUUCGGCCGUCUGGAGACCUUAUUGAUGGGCGGAUACUAUAUUUUAUAUAGGAUACCGCGUUUGACUUAUUAUUAUUGUAAUAAUAUUUUAUCGUGCCAUUAAAACUUUGUUAGAUUAUUAUUAUUAUUAUUAUUACUAUUAUUAUUAUUAUUACGAUGAUUCGAAC